CUUUUAACCGAUUCAAAGUCAAGUUUUCAGCUGUACACUUGUCAUUCCGUUUUCAAAAUUUCCAAGGGAUACCGAAAAAUGCGAGUUAGGACUUAAUCGAUGAGACACAACAUGUUUCCAUCAUUUUUUCCGAAAUUUUCGGAAUUAAACCCGGACCGAGAGGAUCUACGAAAAUGCAACGUGGGCUGUGUUACAUUCGCGUAGACGCACCCUACUACGAACCUAGUGAUGAACGAGGAGACCGAUCUUGUCUCACGUGACCUAUCUACAAGAUCAUUGUCGCGUGGCAAUGAUGGCUGAUGUUACUCCGGUGAUAAGAACGAUGGUCAUAGGCAGUGAUCUCAAGAAUCGCCUGGCCUGGUCACCGCAUCUCUUAUCCAAUGCGGAACCCUAAUGGUUCCAACCGGCACUGCCCUGUAUCCCCUCGCAACAUCUCUUAACCUCCUAAUUUUUCGUCAACAAAGGUCACAACAGGAGGAGCACAGCAGGAGGAGCAGCAGCAAAAAUCCACAACCACAACACCAAGAACCACUACCACAACAGCAACAGCAACCACCAGAACAGCAACAUCCACCACAACAUCAACAACCACCACAACACCAACAACCACCACAACAUUAA